UUUUGCUAUUUUGGGCUGAGAUCUAUCUUGAGGACAGGUAUUCAAUGGGAGCAGAGCCAAGGUGUGCCGGGAUCAGGGACAGACGACUGACGAGCUCGGGUUCAGUGGAGGAAGAGUGGGUGAUAAAGCAGCUGGCAACGAGCAUCGGCCUAGCUAAAGAUGUCUGAGUUGAAGAAUGCCAUUCUAACCAAGCCCUCACUGAGCGAGACCCAGGUGGUGGAGCUGGUAGGACAAUUGUAUCGUCUGAAUGUCUCAGAGGUCCAGCCACUGCCCAGCUACGUGGACCAGAACUUUCACAUCCAGGUACCUGAGACCCAAGUAAGCAGGAAUCACAGGAGGAGCUACGUCCUCAAAGUCCUGAACACAACCGACAGCCAAGAUGUAGAUUUGGUGGAAGUACAAACACGAGUCUUGAUGUUCUUGAAGCAGAAAGGUUUUCCCACCCCCACACCCAUCCCAACCACUGAUGGCAGGAUUAUGUCGCUGGAGACGAUUAAAUCUGGUCAAGAAUAUAAGAACCAUAUGGUCCGCUUGUUCACCUAUUUACCGGGAAUUCCACUGCAGCAGAUUCCUGCAGGCCCACUGACCUUGUACAAGGUCGGGCAAACUCUCGCUCAGAUUAAUAAGGUUCUCAAAGAAUUCCAACAUCCCAAACUGAAGAGUCUACAGAGAGAUUCCUUCAUCUGGAAACUUACGAACAUUCACCAGCUGAAAGAGUACCUAUACAUACUGAAGGACAGUGACCGCAAAGUUAUGGAGCAAAUUAUUCAGCAAAUUCUAGAGAAGGUGCUUCCAAAUAUCAGCAACUUUCAUGAAAGCAUCAAUCAUGGAGACUUCAGUCACACCAACGUUCUAGUGCAUCCUCGUCAUUCAUCAGCUGAUCGCUCCAACCCAGGUCACCUGCAACAGGAGUUGGACAUCUCUGGCAUUCUUGACUUUGGUAACAUCAACUCUGGUUACUGUGUGUGUGACCUGGCCAUAUGCAUAAUGUACAUGAUGCUGGACAACAACGAUCCCAUGCAUGUGGGGGGCCACAUUCUCGCGGGCUUUGAAAGUGAGAUAUCCUUAUCUCCCCAGGAGAGGGAUGCCUUGUAUUUGCUGGUUCUUGGCAGGUUUGCUCAGUCGCUGGUUAUGGGGAGAUAUGUAGUCCAGUUUUACCCAGACAAUGAGGAAUACCUUAUGACCACAUCAAGAACUGGUUGGAUGCUUUUGCAUCAGCUCUGGGAACUGGGUGAAGAAGCAGUGCAGAAAGUUUGGUUUGAGACAGCUGACUCCUAUCUCACUCCAUGACCUCCCCAGUGGAACUGAGGUGACCCAGGCACAACAGCUUCUCAUAAAAUAUCCAUGUAUUUAAGGGAGAAAUUACUAAAUUGCAAUCAUUAAGCAUGUCCACCAACUGAAUGGUCCAUUCAUGUUUAAAUAGAUUUUUGAACCAUCAUGCUUGCUUUUCUCAUGCUUUACUAACUGCAUCUAAACCUACAACCCACCUGUGAAUCCCUCAACAGUCACCAAACCCAGUAUACACCUUGCCCAGAUAUGAAAUGGUGUAUCAACCCUCUGGGGCGUGAGACUUGGUUAAUAGUCUCACUAUCCUGAGUCCAAUUGUCCUAAAGAUAGUGUAGAGAAGCUCAUGGGUUAAUCUUCAAACCACGUGCCAUUGCUGAUGACAGCAUAGGUGAUGUUUUGGUGUGGGUUAGGGUUUGUUGAAAUUCCACCAACAUUCCUCUGCACUCUGAUUUCUGGUUUUUCGAGCCAAGCUACUUCCACUAUCAGUAGCUGAAUUGUCACCCGAGGACCUGGUGUGAAAUGGUCACUGUCAGCACAGGGUGCUCACUCUGUGCCGUAGGUUGGGGAGAAUCAGCUCCUUGAUCGUCCAUUCCCCUCAGUUUUUCCUUCCUCGGGUAAUUUCAGAUUUCGUUCAUCUCCUGCUUCUGCUCCACCUAGCACCUCUUGGCUCUCAGCCUUUGCCAGUCUCUUCCACCAAGCCCCAUCCCCAUUUCCUCAGUCACCUCUGCCCCCUUCCAUCCAGCCCACUUGGCAAGUUCAAACUUCAUCGCGACUUUUCCCGGUUCCAGCAUGAAACGUUAACUUGUUUUCCAUCUCCGCUCUGGUAUCUCCAGCUUUUUUCAAAAAUGUUUUUCUUUCUGUAGCAUUCAAUUAUAGCAAUAUGGUGCUCGGAUGGUUGUGGAUGUGGCACAGGUGUGGAUAGGGUAAGAGGGCCGACGUAACCCUGGCGCAGAUAAUAUGAAGGAUCAGUGGAUAUGGUGAUGGGGCAGAUUUAGCAUAUCUACUGUCUAGUGAUGUGGUGGAAAUGGCACUGUGGGGGGUAUGUGCGAUUAUGGACAGAGAGUGCUAUGGCACCUCUGCUGUCACCACACAAAACCCUGAAAGGUUUGGAAUUUUAAAUCUAUUAAAACAUCGGCUGUGUAUACCUUUUAUGCUGUAAUAUCUGUACCCAUGACUAUUAAUACAUCUGAUCAGCAAUA